ACUGCCACUGAACGCUUCCUGUCAGACGAAGUGCAUUGUGGGUGAGAUUUGUAAACAAAAGUCUUGUAACGACUAAGAAAAGCUAAAGUGUGUCACUACCUGGAACAUUUAUUUAAACUAAUUGCCUGUAUUAAUGAUAAGGCUUUUAACGGGUCUUGGACAUUUCACCACUCCUUCCACUCCCUCGGUUACAAACAAACGGAGAAGAGGUGUGGCUAAACCGGCGGAGCCAACAUGGCAACGACAGCGCGUCAGUUUCACAGUCAGUUUAGUUCGCACUGAUUCAUACAAACAACAGUUAGCUAACUCGCUUCCAGUACGCGGAACUGCCACAGACCAGUGAACUGCUGAACAUGGCUGAAGUUGAGCCACACGAAGGGGCACAGGACCUUGAAAAGAAAAUUGAGGAGACGAGGCAGAGAUUCAACAAUGAGUUGCUCCAAGAUUCAACAGAGAAGUAUGACCACAGGGACGUGGAAAGGCUUCAAACAGAUGACAGUCUGGUGGAGGGCUACCUGACAUGGAGGUUCUAUAAUGUUGACGAUGCCUUGAAAAUGAUUGAUGAAAGUCUUCAUUGGAGAAAAGAGUUUAGCGUAAAUGACAUUAAUGAGAGCACUAUUCCCAGAUGGAUGUUCGAGACAGGGGCCGUCUACCUCCAUGGCUACGACAAAGAGGGCAACAAGCUCUUCUGGUUCAAGGUAAAGCUACAUGUCAAGGAUGCAAAGACCACCAUAGACAAGAAAAAGUAUGUUGCCUUCUGGCUGGAGAGGUAUGCAAAGAAGGAACCUGGGAUGCCUCUCACUGUUGUGUUUGACAUGACGGACUCCGGCCUCAGCAAUGUAGACAUGGACUUUGUGAAGUACAUUAUUAAUUGCUUCAAAGUAUAUUAUCCAAAGUUUUUAUCCAAAAUGAUAAUAGUGGAUAUGCCUUGGAUUUUGAAUGCUGCGUGGAAGAUUGUGAAGUCAUGGUUGGGUCCAGAGGCAAUCAGCAAACUCAGGUUUGCAUCCAAAUCUGAGGUCCAUACAUACAUAGGCCCCGAGUACCUGCCACCUCACAUGGGUGGAACGGAUCCCUUCAAGUAUAGCUACCCGCCUCUUCCUGAUGAUGAUUUCCAAACACCCAUCUGUGACAAUGGACCCAUUGUCAGUGAUGAUGAGAGCAAAGAAGGUGAUAUGGAUGUUAAAGAUGCCCUUGAGUCCAGCUUCAACUCAGAAGUUGUAGUAAAGCCCAAAAAGGUAAAUUUUGUGGAACAAAGUUUGAGGUCAGAGGACAAUGAUAAAGGAGACACAAGUGCCAGGACCAAAGGUGCCAGGAAACCACUGACCACCUUCAAAGGCUCUCUGCUAGAUGUUAGCCCUGCAGAGGAGCUCAGCUUUGGUUCUGGAGAGACAGAAAAGAAAAGCCUAAUUAUCCUGAACAAUGUGGUCAAAAAUCAGGUGGCCUUUAAGGUGCGGACCACAGCGCCCGACAAGUACAGAGUGAAGCCGAGCAGCAGCUGCUGCGAGCCAGGAGCUUCGGUAGAUAUAGUGGUGUCACUACAUGGAGGUUCUCAGGCCUCUCCACAGGACAGAUUUCUGAUUAUGGCAGCUGAGAUGGAAAAUGCUGGAUCACAAGAUCUUUCACAGUUCUGGAAAGAAGUACCGAAAAAUAAGGUCAUGGAACACAGAUUGCGUUGUCAUGUUCUGGAGAGUGUUAAACCAGCAAUCAAACUUUUUAAGGACAGCCCAAUGGAGACAGGGGCAAGUGAGCAGCAGGAAUUGAAUACAGCGCUAAUGCGAGUCACUGCCUGCAGCUCACGGCUGGAGCAGAAGCUGAACGCGUGCCUGUGGUUGCAGAAGGUUCUCAUUGUGCUGGUGGUAGUCCUCGUGAUGCUGAACCUGCUAUGUUUUUACCUGCUGGGAACAGCUCAGCGGCCAUCUUGAUGUGCAAGGGCACCCUCUCGCCUGCUUCUGUAAAUUACGGAUACACACUUCCAGCGGGGCCCACAGCUGGCUUCCUGAGUGGUGGACAUCUGCCGUUCUCCCACACUUCCCACAAGCUUCUGUCACGGAGAGUCAGCAGGGCUGACUUUAGGACGUGUGAGUUGUUGUGGAGUAAAACUUGAUGAAGAGAGAUUGUCUCUUUUUAUGGCGCAGAUGUGUAACAUCACAUCCUUGGUGGGUUUUUUUGUUUGUUUGUUUUGUUUUGUUUUGUUUUUUGUUCUGUUUUUCAAAUAAUGUUCAUGAAAAAAUAAUUUACUAAAAUUAAUUGAAAUUGUCACAAUAUGUAGAAAAUAUUAGUUAUUUUUGCAAGCAUAUUGUAUAAUUUUUUUUUUUACAUUAUAUAAAUAUACACAAAUAAAAUACACACUUUUGGUCACCUUAUCUAA